AUGUGGGGAGUGAGGCGGAGGACACAGAGCAGAGGGUUUCAGCAGAGGCAGAAAAAAACUUUGAUUUUGUUCCCGUUUUUUUCUUAAAAGACGGCCGAAAUGAUCACAUCCAAACCUCCCAUCGCUCUGCUUUUAAAAUGGAGAUGUUUACCCUUAAACCUGGCCGUCUCGUUUUAACAUUACUAUGGAUACGUUAAGUGAAAGUAGAACUUAAAAACUUUCCAAUUCUCCGAUCCUCGGAGCGCAGCACAAUGGACUCCAGACAGUGGAAGCGCUCUGGAGGAGGGAGACUAUGGAGGCUUUGCUUUUAUCUAGCGUGCUUCUCCUGUGCGUCCGCUCAGCUAAGCUAUUCUGUAUCGGAGGAACUAAACCCGGGAUCUAUCGUUGGGAAUAUCGCUAAAGAUCUGGGCCUUUCUGCUCAGGGGAUUGUACAGAGGAGGUUGCGAGUGGUCUCGGAAUCCUCAACACAGUAUUUUGAGGUAAAGCAGGCGACCGGCGAUUUGGUUAUCAAACAAAAAAUUGACAGGGAGCAAAUGUGCGAAUUAAGUCCAGUAUGUUCACUGCACCUUCAAAUACUCCUGGAGAACCCUUUAGAUAUUCAUCGAGUCGUGGUGGACAUUCUGGAUGUGAAUGACAAUGCACCGCAGUUUUCUACUAGCAACAUUUCUCUGGAGAUAUCAGAGGCGGCUGCUCCAGGCACAAAGUUCCGUUUGGAGAGCGCACACGACCCAGACGUGGGUACUAACUCGUUACGCACUUACCAUCUUGCAGAAAAUGACUUUUUCAUUUUGAAUGUGGAAACGAAAGGUGACGGCAGUAAGUUUCCAGAGCUAAUGGUGAAUAAACCUCUUGACAGGGAGACGCAGGCCUCGUUUCGCCUGUUGCUCAUUGCUGUAGAUGGGGGUCAGCCCGAGAAAUCUGGCUCAACACUAAUGCUCAUUAAAAUUCUGGAUGUAAAUGACAAUGCGCCAAUCUUUGAUGAGCAGAUAAAGAAAAUUAGGCUUUUAGAAAAUGUGGCAAGGGGCACUUUAGUUUCUAAAUUGAACGCGACUGACGCGGAUUCGGGUAACAACGGAGACAUAUCUUUUCUGUUUAGUAAAUACACACAGGAACGCGUUACCAACAUUUUCAGUGUGGAUUCUAAAAGCGGGGAGAUCCGUGUGAAGGGUGAUGUGGAUUAUGAGAAAGGCAAUGCAUACCACAUCACAGUACAGGCCAGAGAUGGUGGUUCCCCAGCCAUGGAGGGCUCCUGUAACGUCAUAGUUGAAAUCAUUGAUGUGAAUGACAAUGCACCAGAGGUGACCCUGACAUCACUGACCAGUCCUAUCAGAGAGGACUCAGCACCAGACACUGUGAUAGCGCUCAUAAGUGCUCGGGACUUGGACUCUGACGUUAAUGGGCAGGUUACAUUAACUAUCCAACCAGGUUUGCCAUUCAAACUCAAUGCAGCUUUUGGCAUGCAUUACAGCCUCACCACUUCUGGAAAUCUGGACCUUGAGAGUGUCCCAGAGUACACAGUGGUCAUCAAGGCCACUGAUGCUGGUUCCCCUCCACUUUCAUCACAAACCACCUUUGUGGUGAAGCUCUCUGAUGUAAAUGACAAUGCCCCCACCUUCUCUCAGCCUUCCUAUUCGGUUGACAUCCCAGAAAACAAUGCUCCCAGUGCUCCCAUCACUGCUGUCUCAGCCACUGACCCAGACCUUGGAGAAAAUGCUCACAUCUCUUACUCCAUCCUUCCCAGCAUGGUCAAGGGCUCACCCAUCUCUUCGUACGUCUACAUCAAUCCAGAGAGCGGCCACAUCCACAGCAUGCGCUCUCUGGAUCAUGAACAGCUUAAAGCUUUCCGUAUUGAGGUGCAGGCCCGGGAUGCUGGGGUGCCCCCACGGACAGCCAAUGUCACAGUUCAUGUGUUCGUGGUGGAUGUGAAUGACAAUGUGCCAGUGAUUGUAUACCCCUACUACCCAAAAGACAAAGGGUUAGAGUUCACUAUGCCCCCAUCUGCUGAGCCAGGGCACCUCAUAAAUAAACUUGUAGGGGUGGAUGCAGACAGUGGGCACAAUGCAUGGCUGUUUUAUUCCAUCGCCCCUGGACCAAAUGCUGGCAUGUUCCGUAUUGGACCACACAGCGGUGACCUCCGCACAGCCAGACAUUUGGCAGAGGAGGAAGGGGGCUCCACUUAUGACAUUGUGGUUAUCAUUCAGGACAAUGGUGACCCACCAAGUUCCAGCUCUGUGAACAUUUCAAUAACUGUGGAUGAGAAGGCCACGCCCAAGGAUGCUCCAGCAAGCCCCCGCCACACACCCUUCUACCACCGCACAGGGAUGUCGGACAUUACUUUGUACCUCAUCAUCUCUUUAGCCUGUGUAUCAGGGGUGUCCUUUAUCACCUUUGCCGUCCUUAUGGUACGUUGCCUUAGGCCCCGUGGCCAUGGGCUGGAGGACUCAGACUGCAGCUGCUGCUACGGUCGCAACAGGCCCAGCCGCUACCAUCAGAGGCCAAGCAAGGACCUGCACCUGCAACUCAAUAGUGAUGGUCCCAUACGCUAUAUGGAAGUUGUAGGAGGCCCCCAGGACCCUCACACACGCACCUACAGGCCCUGCUACUCCACCAUAUCCAGUCGGAGUGACUUUGUAUUUAUGAAGACACCAAUGCUGAGUCACAACAACACACUCAACAUGACACUCAGCAGGAAGCACCUUAUGAACUCAGCCAGUGAGCAAAAGCCCCCCAACAAUGACUGGCGCUUCACUCAGGGACAGAGACCCGGACCUAGUGGUCCCCACAUGCCAUACGGUACACACAUACGAUGGACGCCGAAGGAAGGGACAAGCGCAACUGGAGGACCCGAGGUUGCCAUGGGAACUGGCCCCUGGCCCCAGCCCCCAACUGAGGCUGAGCAGCUCCAGGCCCUGAUGGCUGCAGCUAACGAAGUGAGCGAGGCUACGGCCACACUGGGACCCGGUACAAUGGGCCUGAGCACCCGGUACAGCCCACAGUUCACCCUGCAGCACGUGCCCGACUAUCGCCAGAACGUCUACAUCCCCGGUAGCACGGCCACCCUCACCUCCAACCCCCAGCAGCAGCAGGCCACAGCCCAGCAGGCCGCCCAGCAGGCACUGCCCCCGGCCCAGAUGACAGCCCAGAUGACAGCCCAGAUGACGGCCCAGAUGACGUCCCAGCCCGAGCCCCCCAAGGCCGCCCAGACCCCUGCCUCCAAGAAGAAGUCCACCAAGAAAGAGAAGAAGUAGAGUUGGAUGGAGGGAGAUGGAUGAAAGAUAAACCCGGCCUCUGAUGAGAUAUUCAACCCCCCAUACCCCCCCCCCCCCAUUAAGUAUCUUACUGCUCUGCUCUCACUCUUGUUAGCCACGGUCUAAAUAAUGACAGCAAAUCACCUUUGACCACGUGGACUUUGGAUGGAUGUUGAUGGUUCUUUGAAAGUGUCUUGAAUGUGCCAAAGGCUAUUGUUGGUGUUGAUUACCCGUGCUGUGCUAAAGGUCUAGUAUUGCUCACAUAAUCUUUGUCAGUAGAUAAUUUUGGCAGGGUAUGGGGGGUUAUUGUGGUUUUUGUUUUUGUUUUUGUUUUGGCAAAUGAUCUUGGACAUAGAAAUUCAGUGUAAGUAACCUUGCUGGGAUGACAAGGCUAUACGCAGUGAUGUAUUCAGAGAUGAAAUGUUAAUGUCUUUCAUGUUGGAUUUAUUGUGCUCUUUCUCUCGAUGGAAAGACAGCUAUUGUAAAGUACGCUAGUUGCCAUCCAUUAGAUUCCUAUAUAGGAUCAGCCUUGCAGGAUCUUAAAGCAUAAGUCCUGAUGAUAUAAGGCUGUUGUUUGACAGGUAUUACAAACUCUUCUGCAUGCUCUUUAAGGUUCAAACCACAUAUAAUAGUUUAGAGUUGCAAACUAUGCAUUUCAAAAGCAAGGAGGAGGACAUCCUAAAUCUGUUAUCCUCCCUCCAAUCGCAGGUCAAUAGAAUGCACAUGUAGCAUUUAAUUGACUCAAAACAACAAAAAAAAUACUUUUGUAAUCAUAGUUUAAGAAAAAUAAGAUUUUAAUCUCCUGAUAUUUUUGUGACCAGAGCAUGCACCCAGAGGACGGGCAGGCAGCGGAUGGGGCGGCAUGGUGUUGUCAUGGAGUCACUAGCCAAGCUGUCCUUGCAGUAGGUAGCAGCGUGUCUUUUAAAACACCAGAUGGGCACAAACAUGUCCUGCACCCUGAAGCCUCCCUCCUUACACCCAGCUCCUGUGCUCCCCUCACUCACUUCCCCACGUUGGGAGCCAAAUCAAGAGAAAUGCACUGAUAGUAAUUUGAAGAUGAGAUGUAGGGGUAGCAAUCACUUCGCUCUUUAGGGAAAUGCAUAGAUGUGGUAAACUUAAGUUCUUAGGAGUCCCUGGACACUUUGCAGGAGUAUUUACCCCUCACACUCUCAAAGUGUUGAAGAAAUGUGUUGAUGUGACACAGAAAGAUAUGUUUUUCUUUGGGAGAUUUAAUAGCAUAGAGGAAUUGUUUGUUUUAUGAUAUGAAGUCUUUACUUUGCCGUCCAUCUGUCUGUCAGGCUUCCCGCCGGAUACAACUGCAUGAGAAAAGCCAGCUUGCAGGCUGGGUCAGGGGGAGUGGUGAGGUGAGGGUUACACAGACCUGGGUGACACCAUUACAUCAACCGGGGGGGGGAACCACUUGGCUCUACCCACUGAAUGUACAGAGGAACCACUGUUGAUCUGUCCUUCCCUUAAACUCUCUAAUGCACUGACCCAGGUAGAGGUCAACAGAGCCAAGCACAGCUGUCCCUGCUGGUGAGGAGAUACCACUCGAGAGCCCUUUGAGAAAAAAAACCUCAAAUUAAAUCCCCUUUGCCUCUGUACCGCUCACCUCCCCCCUCCACUCCCUAGUCCUGUGAGGAUCUUCCCCACUGUAAAUACACACAAGCCCUGUCGAUGGUAUGAGCCAGUUGUUUGUAUAGUAGGGACAACAUCCAACAUUUUCAAAAUAAAAGUCCCUCUCCACAAGGCGUGGCUUACUACUGGAAUGUGUUGCAUUUUGUUUUUCAAGAAAAAUAAGAAAACCACAGUUAAAAAAAAAAGAA